GCGCAUGCGCACGGUGCGGUUGUGUGGUGAAGCAACACUCGCCGGCUUCUGAGCUGAGCUCCACAUACAUACACACACACACACACACAUACGUACGUACACCCCCCCCUUCCUCCUCUCUUACACACACACACACACACACACACAGACUCAUUUCUUUACUGAAUGUGAAGUGGCGUCCCUGCUGCCUCGCCUCCUGAGUCUCCAGAAGCGUUUUUCUCUAGUUCUCUCAGUCUCCGUUCAGUCAGUGAGAAGCUCGGGAGAAGCUCACCAUGGCGAACAAGGAGGAGAAACCUGAGGGGAAAGACUCGAGCUGGAAAGAUUUUAUCUACAACCCGAGAACCGGGGAAUUCAUCGGGCGCACUGCGAGUAGCUGGGCUCUCAUAUUCCUUUUCUACUUGGUCUUCUAUGGCUUCCUUGCUGGAAUGUUUUCUCUCACUAUGUGGGUGAUGCUGCAGACACUGAAUGACUACACCCCCAAGUACAGGGACCGAGUGGCCAACCCAGGUCUGAUGAUCAGGCCCAAGUAUUUUGACAUUGAGGUAAAUCGUUCUAAUCCACAGCAGUACAACAAGUACGUCCAGGGCCUGGAGAGCUUUCUGCAGCAGUACAAUGAUACUUUGCAGGAGCAGAAUACGGUCUGCACAGAGGGCGAUUAUUACAUGCAGGAGAAUAAUGAGCUGGUGAAGAAUGUAUGUCAGUUCAAGCGGAGUCAGCUGCGGCAGUGCUCCGGCCUGGCUGAUACAAACUUUGGCUAUGCAGAGGGACAGCCUUGUGUCUUGAUCAAGAUGAACCGGAUAAUUGGACUUGUGCCACGAGGAGAUCCAUACAUUAACUGCACUGCCAAGAGGGACACGCCCCUACAGAUGCAGUAUUUCCCCAGCGAGGGUCGAUUUGACAAGAUGUAUUUCCCUUACUAUGGCAAGAAAGCACAUCCUAACUACGUUCAGCCCGUGGUGGCGGUGAAGCUGCUGUUCAGUGAGCAGGAUUACAACACGCAGCUGACCAUCGAGUGCAGGGUGGAGGGUUCUGACCUGCGCAACAACGACGAACGCGACAAGUUCCUGGGUCGAGUCACUUUCCGCAUCCAAGUAACCAAGUAGCCCUGACCUCUCACAGGAGCUGCACGAUGUCCAUCACUCACAUUCAAAACCCACACCUCUUCUCCUCACACACACACUCAGCUGCGGCACUCUCACCCACUCUCCUACCGUGCCGAUCUACCUUCCAACACCUUAAAGGAGCUUGAUGUUUAUCAGUACUGUACUCUGGAGGUAGGUUCAGAGUGGGCAGUGUGUGGGGGAAUGUAACCUAGAUUUUAAUUUCACACCUCUUUACCCACAAACCCUUUCACUGGAAUUAAAAAAAAGUACAAAUAAGCGCACAUUGAACCUCUUUUAAGCCAUCUCCGUAAGACACAAAGCUAGAGACAUCGUGCAGUAAGCAGGGACCUGUAUAUAGAUGUGUCGGAGCAUCGAGUUGGUGUCUAUUCCCUCCUAUAGUGCUGUGCAGCCUGCUGUGUGUAUGUAUGUAUGUCUGAGAGCAAGCAAGAGAGUUAGAGAGAUGUGCGCAUGUGUGCUUGUGUGUGUGUGUGUGUGUGUAUGUAUGCGUGUGCCAUGAUGUGAAGUCUCUCUGUACAUAUUUAAUGGAUUUAAAGACACUUUUUCCUGUUAUCACUCAAUGUCUGACCGCUGUAAGAAAACAAGGUUAUGAUAUGUUACAUAUGAAUAUAUAUAUAUAGAUAGAUGGAUAUAGAUAUAUAUAGAUAUAUAAUAAGAACUGUAAUUUAAGAUUUUUUGAGAAAUGUUCUAAUGAGAGGGAAGGGUGAGGAAAAACACCAAAAAUGUUUAUCAACCUUGUUUUCAAAUCCAUCUGCCAUCUGAAGGAAGUGAUUUUUUAAAACCUCUGCAGAAACUGUACUUUGUGAAGAUGCCUUAAGAUCUGUAUGAACAACUUCAAAUAAAGGAGAUUUUAAACAUGA